AUGGCCCCUGGCAAUACCCCCCAAGGUGGCCAGCUAGAGAAGCCACAGUCUGCAGUCUGGCCCCAGCAGCUGGCCCCGGCCAGCCAGAGCAGCUGUGGUCCACACCACCCAGCAGCUGGUGCUAGCUUGGGCAUCGUGAAAGGCCAGGGUCCUGUUAUCGAAGGGCACUGUGACAUCCAACAUGAUGAUCUUCUUCCGGUCCUCAUUGGUGAUGACGAUGUCCAGUCGCAGUUGUCUGUUGGUUCCGGAGAUGCACCCAGCCGGCCCCUCCCCUGCCUUCCCCCUCUCGCAGAGCCUCAGGGUGCUGCGCCGCCAGUGCCAGCGCUGCGGACCGUUCCUGGGCAGCUCUGCAGCGCCUGCCGCUUCGAGCAACGCGGUCAGGCGGUGGGGCCGCGAGCUCCAGUGGGUCACGCGGCAUCCAUACACGCUGCCCUGAGCAGCCUGAGAGAAGUUGAGAGUUACAUAGGGAGGGACAUUGCAGGAAAUAAGGAAAUCUGGAGAAUUUUAGAAACUAUCAUGCUCCCUGGCAUCAAAAUUAACCUCCUCUCUUUCCACCACAACACCUGCUGCAGCUCACUGCAAGCUGGCCACGGAAGAACUUCAUGAAAGUGAUAUGCAUGAUAUGACCUUACAAACAAUAUUUCACUUGUAUGAAUGGUUGUGAAAUGUGAAUAAAAGAAAUUGAGAAUACUA